AUGACACGCAGGAUUGUCCGCACUUCCGUCCAGCUCGGCAUCCUCACACUCAUAAUUCUCUUUCUUGUCUAUGUCCUUGACAACCGCUUCAAUGUCCUCCCGGACGCGAUACACAACGCUCUUCCUGCUCACCAUCCCGGUCUUGUCAUCACUGACAUAACGGUCGCGACCUGUUCUACACUGAACAUCCUCUCGAGCUGCAAGCUAGACCCGGGGAAAUGGCAUCGAAUAGAAAAGGAUCUGUACCUGUCACACGGCUGGCUUACUCACGCCUUUUUGCACAUUGAACGGAAGCGAGAGUCAGAGUUGACUGAGAAAGACCGAGUCAUCCUGGAUGUUCGGGUAGCGAGCUUGGAUCCCGUCACCUCGGAAAAGGACCAGGGGGCCGAACGCUGGGAAUCUCGCCCUGCAGGAAUCUGGCUCAAGCGCACCUCCAAGCACCGCGAAUCUGAUAGCAUCAACGCAGUAACCGCCGUCGAUGUGCUUUUUGGCUCAGACGCUGUAGAAGCGCGUCCGGGAUGGAUGCUCGCUUCCCAAGCCCUCGUCCUCCCUAAUGUUGGCGGCGAAAACCAAGAAGCUUACCUCAGUGUCCGCCGCGGCCCUCCAGCGAACGUGGAAAGGCCAACCCUCCACGUAAACAAAGAUGGCAGAUUCAAGGUCCUUCAAGUAGCCGACCUGCACCUCUCGACUGGUCCUGGGAUCUGCCGCGAUCCCGAACCUGCACUGCAUAACGGCGGCAAAUGUGACGCAGACCCUCGUACGCUCGCUUUCGUAUCUUCAGUCCUGGACAGCGAACGCCCUGAUCUCGUCGUUCUCUCUGGUGACCAGGUUAAUGGCGAGACAGCAGCGGACGCUCAAUCCGCGGUUUUCAAAUUCGCUCAUCUUUUGGUAGACCGUAAGAUUCCAUUUGCAACUAUCUUCGGAAAUCACGAUGACGAGGGUUCCCUUUCGCGUGAAGCUCUUAUGCGGCUUACCCACUCGCUACCUUAUUCACUUUCCGAAUUCGGGCCCACGACUGUGGACGGUAUAGGGAAUUACUAUAUCGAAGUGCUUGCGCGCGGUACGUCUUCGCACUCCGCUCUCACUCUGUACCUGUUGGACACCCACGGCUACAGCCCCGACGAACGCCAAUUCCGUGGCUACGACUGGCUCAAGAAGAGUCAGAUAGACUGGUUUAAGACGACUAGUCUGGAGCUGAAAAAUAGUGCUUCGCAUCAGGGCUAUACACAUCAUCAUAUGGACAUGGCGUUCAUACAUAUCCCGCUCCCUGAAUACCGACUUGUUGAUGACAUUGUCUUGUCCACCGGAAACCAGCCCGAGAAUCCCACAGCGCCAGGCUUCAAUAGCGGUUUCAAAGACGCACUGGUUGAGGAAGGUGUAUUAGCUGUCUCUUGUGGGCAUGACCAUGUGAACGACUAUUGCUCGUUAUCCAAGUCUGCGGACGACAAGCCGGAGCUGUGGAUGUGCUAUGCAGGAGGCAGUGGAUUUGGAGGUUAUGGUGGCUACGGAGGAUAUCAUCGGCGGGUGAGGGUGUUUGAGUUCGACAUGAACGAGGCCCGGAUUGUGACGUGGAAGAGGGUUGAGUACGGGGAGACAGAGAAGCAGCUCGAUAAGACGAUUAUUGUUGAGAGUGGAAGGGUGGUGGCUGCCUGA